AUGGCCACCGCGGCUUCCAACCCCUACCUGCCCGCAAACAGCCUUCUGUCGCCCGGCUCCAUCGUGCACUCUGACUCGGGGAGCUCCGCGGUGACUUCUGGGUCCGGGGGUGGCGGCUACCGGGGGGACCCCUCCGUCAAGAUGGUCCAGAGUGACUUCAUGGCCGCGAGCAACGGGGGACACAUGCUGAGCCACGCGCACCAGUGGGUGACGUCCCUCCCGCACGCCGCGGCUGCCGCAGCUGCAGCCGCCGUAGCCGCCGCGGAAGCCGCGUCGCCCUGGUCCUCGAGCCCCGUGGGCAUGACCGGAAGCCCGCAGCAGCAGGACGGGAAAAACGGCAGCCGGGACGACUUGCACACGGGCACUGCGCUGCACCACAGACCCCCGCCGCACCUCGGCGCGCACCAGAGCCACGCCGCGGCGUGGGGCAGUGCGCUGUCCGGCGGCGGGCAGCAACAGCAGCAGCCUCUGCUCUACUCGCAGCAGGCCGGCGGCUUUACCGUCAACGGGAUGCUGAGCGCAGGGGCGCAGAGCCUCGUGCACGCCGGCCUGGUGCGCGGGGACACCCCGGACCUGGACCACGGCGGCGGCAACCACCAACACCACCAGCACCACCACGCGCACCACCAGCACGCGCAUCAGCAGCAGCAGCACCACGCGCACGCACAGCAGCAGCAACAACAACAACAGCAGCAGCAGCACGCGCAUCACCUAAGCAGCCACGAGGUGCACUCGGACGAGGACACGCCGACCUCGGACGACCUGGAGCAGUUCGCCAAGCAGUUCAAGCAGCGGCGCAUCAAGCUGGGCUUCACGCAGGCCGACGUGGGGCUCGCGCUGGGCACGCUGUACGGGAACGUGUUCUCCCAGACCACCAUCUGCCGCUUCGAGGCGCUGCAGCUGAGCUUCAAGAACAUGUGCAAGCUGAAGCCCCUGCUGAACAAGUGGCUCGAGGAAGCCGACUCCACCACGGGCAGCCCCACGAGCAUCGACAAGAUCGCCGCGCAGGGCCGCAAGCGGAAGAAGCGCACGUCCAUCGAGGUGAGCGUGAAGGGCGCGCUGGAGAGCCACUUCCUGAAGUGUCCCAAGCCCUCGGCGCAGGAGAUCACGUCGCUCGCGGACAACCUGCAGCUGGAGAAGGAGGUGGUGCGCGUGUGGUUCUGCAACAGGCGGCAAAAGGAGAAGCGCAUGACGCCGCCAGGGGUGCCCCAGACGCCGGAGGAUGUGUACUCUCAGGUGGGCAACGGACAUUUUUUAGUAGAUUACUUAAAAGACGAGGCGGGGGACCAGCGGGUGACAUCCACCAGUUCCUUCCACCAGGUAAUUUUGGCGCAUUGAUCACACAAAAGAAGAAAAUCCAGUGGUGUUUUUAUUUUAUUUUAUUUUUGUGCACCCCCUCUUCCUCCCCCACCUCC